CCAUUCUUAAUACCAUUUCUAGUGUGGAGAGAGGCAGGCGCCAGGGAUAAAGUGUGAGAGAAACAGAGAAGUUCUUUUGGCUUAAUACUAGUCAGAGCUCAGAGUUUUAGAGAUUUAUCAUCUUUAUCUACAUUGCUGGUGAUUGGUGAUCUUUUAAAACAAAUCUUGAAUCACUUCUGUUCCACUUUUCUGUAUCGUAAUUAGUUUGCACACCAACGGGGAACACCGAAGAGUAGAGCUGGCUGAGAUUUUUGAAAAAGUAUUUUUGUCUGUUUCACGGACAUUAUUAGUCCUAUUUUUGUCUGAGGUCGGUGUCUUAACGUGAUUUUUAUAUCACCGGAAGCCAUGAGUUCCUUGGUAAUGAACACAGUAGGAGAUGGCAGCGGUGCAGGCUUUGACCUCAUCCAGAACCGGAUCGAGUCACUCAGCAGCAAGAUGGACAAGCUCAUCAACAUUCAAGAAAAGGUCCUCAACCGAUUAGAUGGGAUGUCUCAGGACAUUGACGGCAUUGAAAAGGAUAUGGAGAAUCUGAAGGUUGACAAGGAGGAGAUCCAUCUUCCGCCAAAGAUGGUGAACCAGACCCAGGUCGUGGGGCGAGAGGUGAGGGAGAUAUGCCAAGAGAUGAGCACCAUAAUGUCGGUGGUGAACCAGCGGUCCGAGCAGCAGGCUCAGAAGCUGGAAGGGAUGGAAAAGCUGGUCCUCAGCAUGCAGCAGGUGAUCAGCUUCAUUGGGGAGACGGUGAAGAGUUCCAGGGUUAUGGAGCUGAUUUUCAAAGGCCCUGCGGCUCGGAAGGGCUCCAAACCCAAAGACAAUAAAGGCAAGCAAGCCACAAAGAGAAAAUCAUCUACAGACGCAAUAAACAAGAAGCUUGACAAGAAACCUACCUUUAAUAAAGCCAGUAAAGGGAAUCAAGCGAUAACUCCUGCAUGUGAAUCCAGUUCUCCACAGACUUCUCACAAGAAAAAGCUCCAUGGACCAAAGCAUUUCCUCGCCUCUCGCAAAUGUGGAAAAUUUUUGAAGGACCACAAAGGUAAAGAUGGGACAGAUAAGCCCUCAGUGAGCCCGAAGGGUCUGAAAGCUCAAAAGAAGAUGAAGCCUCCAGACACAACAGAAAAUAUCUCCUCGAAGGAUCAGGUGUUGUUUCUCGAAGAGGUGCAGAAACUCAACAGGGAGAAUGUGGAGAAGUCAGGUCACCAGCUCACCUCUGGAUGUCUGGAUCUGGAGGCCGGAGGGUCCCCUAAAGAUCAACAACCUGACGCCCCUGCAUCCAACUUGCUGGACUACCUGCGUGAAGAUGAGAAACACAAGGUUGUUGAGGCGGUUAGUGAGGAGGGGGUUGUGGCAGAGGCGGCAGUUACAGAGAAGGAAACCAAGCACGAUGUGGAGGAUGUAGUGGAAGAGAAAGAAAAGCUCCCAGAGGAAGAGAGGGGAGAGGUCACUUCUCCAGAUGGAGAAGCCAAAGCCCCAGAGUUGCCUGCUGCCCAAGAGGACGAAAAAGAGCAGACUGCUACAAGCAGUGAUGACCACAAAGAUACCUCCCCAUCUCCAGAGGCUGAGCAGGACCAGAUAUCAGAGGUCAGCAGUACAAAUACCAAGUUCUGUGUGACCAAGGAACACGUUGUAGUGGAGGAGCACACAAAGAUCCAGGAGGAGGAAGAGGAGAAGGAGGAGAAGAAGAAGGAAGACAACGAGGAGGAGGAGGAGAAGCUUGAGUCUGAGGGCUGGGCCGUCUUCAGGGCAGAUGGAACUGAAUUCCAGUUAAACCUAAAACAAAGGGUGGAGAGAGAGAGGAAGGAGAAUGAUGCAGGAAACGAGGCAGAAAAUGAUGAUGAUGAAGAUGCAGAUCGGUUCUUUAUAGACACCUCUCCUCCUCCAGCGGCUCCUUUUAAUCACCGCAUUGUUUCUGCCAAGCCCAACCAGAUCAUCAACUUCUACACCAUCAACUGGCAGGAGGUCCUGGGCGGGGGUCGUUUUGGCCAAGUGCACAAAUGUGUUGAAAACUCCUCUGGUCUCACUUUGGCAGCAAAGGUCAUCAAAGCCAGGGGUGUGAAGGAAAAGGAGGUGGUGAAGAAUGAGAUCCAGGUCAUGAAUAAUCUGGACCAUGCCAGCCUGAUCCAGCUCUAUGCAGCUUAUGAGUCAAGGAAUGACAUCAUCCUUGUACUUGAAUAUGUUGGUGGAGGGGAGCUGUUUGACAGGAUCAUUGAUGAAAACUACACGUUAAUGGAGCUGGACGCUCUCGUGUUCAUCAGGCAGAUUUGUGAAGGCCUGCAGCACAUGCACAAAAUGUACAUCCUACACUUGGACUUAAAGCCAGAAAACAUUCUGUGUGUGAGCAGAAUCACUAAUAAGGUCAAAAUCAUCGACUUUGGUCUCGCUAGGGUAUAUAAACCACGUGAGAAACUGCGAGUGAAUUUUGGCACUCCAGAGUUUCUCGCUCCUGAAGUCAUCAACUACGACUUUGUGUCGUUCAACACAGACAUGUGGAGCCUUGGUGUCAUCGCCUACAUGCUUCUGAGCGGUCUCUGUCCCUUCCUUGGUGAUGAUGACAAUGAGACUCUGAACAACAUCCUGGCCUGUAAGUGGAACUUUGAGGAACGAGAGUUUAUAGAUACGUCUGAAGAAGCCAAAGACUUCAUCUCCAGACUCCUCAUCGUGAAUAAAAGUUGGAGGAUAGGGGCAUCUGAGGCCUUGAAACAUCCUUGGCUAUCUAACCCAAGCCUUCAUCAUCGCCUUCAUACAAAGAAAACGAUGUGCAGAUCACGGCGAUCGUCGUGUGUGCCCAUGACUGAUAGUUAAGGGCUGCAGUGAUGUGAUGGCUACAGCUGUGGCCACUUGGACCAACCCUCCUGUCCAUGUAAAUGACCUGAAUCUUCAGUCCAUGCACCUGUGGCACGGGCUGAAAUUCUGGCUACCCCACAGUCCUUUUCCUCACAUGUGAUCCACUGUUGUUGUGCUUAUAUAAGUAGUAUACAAAAACAAUAUACAGACAAAUUGGAAUUAAAAUGUGGAUAGUCCCUGUCUUUUCCUUGAAUAAUGAACAAUUCAUGACUGCAAUGCAGGAGAAACAAGAGGUGAACAAAUUACAUCUUAUAACAUUAAAUUGUUUAGGUUGUUUGUGUAAGGUGUUUGCUAUUUGUCAUCCACCUGUAUAUGGCAUUUCAAAAUGGUGCUAAUGUCAUAGUCUGACCUGCUUUCAUCAGACAUUUAUUAUCAUAUGAGCUUGAUCGUGUGUGACACCUUGGCCUUGAAAGUUGAGUGUGCACAUUGUAUUUCAUUUUGAAAUAUCCACUCUCAUUUAUCUCUAACCAAAUACACUGGGCUGUUAUUACUCGCUGCUUUUGUAUGAAGGCUACAGUAUAACUCGUAUUAUGUGACUGUAAUAACAUGUGUUGCUUUUCUCCCCUCUCAGUAUCCAAUAUUUGUCUUUGGGCUGUAAAUAAAUGCUGAACUGUAGAUUUAAAAUUCAGAUUUUCUUAUAUCUUAUAGGGGAUGGACUCCAUUAAAUAUGCUGGAUGUGUAUUGUACGUAUGGACAGAAUGGAAUUUGUGUGGUUGGUAUCAUGAGCCGUAGUAUGUGCACUUUAUAAUGUUAUUUAUUUAAACAUAGAUUAUACACCUAAUUCUGUUGAAAAGGCUUGUGUGGUCAGAUAUACCCAUAUUUCCUUCCUACUUCUGUUUCACCCUGCUUUCUCCAGAUGUUGAUAUAGAAAAUACAUUUAUACUUUAUAACAAACCAACACAGUUUAUGUCUUAUCAGCUAAGUGUAUUAUUUUAGUUUGUUGUUGCAUGUCUCUAUGUGUUUUAUCAGCCUUUUAAAGUUUGAACUAGACACACAGAGAAAUAACUUUUUUAAACUUUUUUUUUCAUUCUAGCUGUAUAUUCAUUAUAUACAGUAUAUAUAUAUAUAUAUUGUAGAUGCUUUUUCCACAAAACAAAAUACCUUCUGUGAAGGUUUCACUAACUGAAAGUAAUACACUACCUACCUAAUGUUGCCUAAGUUGAUAAAAUGUUGUUAGAACUACAUUUAUGUGGUUUUCAUUAUAAAUGUUACAUUAAUUGUUGAACACAGAGUGCUAGUAAAAGAAGUUGUCCUCACCGAAUGUUAACAAUUUCAAGUUCAGCAUGUAUUUGUGAAGUGUGUACACAUCCAUUAAACUGAAAUUGUGUCUUAAA